UCAAUUGGUCACUCAAAACAAAGCUCACACCUUUCUUCUUCAACAUUAUUUUCAUUUCCCAUUCAUCAAACACUCUUUUUCUCUUUCACCCUUCUCUUAUCUCUUCAUAAAGUUUCAAUCUUUCUCCCAUUUUCUCCAACCCCUUUUUUUCAUUUUUCAUUUUCAUUCACCUUUUCUCAAACUGAUUCUCACUGCAAAUCACUUUUAAAGAAUCUCACAACUCAACAAAAACUGGUGGAAAAUUUCAAUGAUGAAGUUUGAAAGUGCUAUUGAGCUACAUGGUCUAAACAUUGGAGCCUAUAUAUCAUGCACAAAAAGCAAAGCUAGUGAGAUAUGAAAGUGUGAGGAGUGAGGUGCAUUUUGAACUUGAAGAGGGGUCUGCUACAAACAACUGUGAUAACAUCUUGUUGCUUUCUGAGCCACUAAAAGGCAAGGUAGUUUUUUGUGGCGUUGUGAUACGUGGCGAUGAGUCGAGAGCAGGCGAAGAGGGGGAAGCAAGAGAAAAGUUGUGAUGGUGCUGAGAAGGUUAUUGUUGCUGUUAAGGCGUCGAAGGAAAUUCCAAAGACUGCUCUUGUUUGGUCCUUGACUCAUGUUGUUCAACCUGGUGAUUGCAUUACGCUGCUUGUUGUUGUUCCUUCCCAAAGUUCAGGUAGAAAAUGGGGUUUUCCUAGAUUUGCUGGUGACUGUGCCAGUGGUAUGAAGAAGUAUCCUCCAGGAACAGUUUUAGAGCAGAAGAGUGAUAUCACUGAUUCUUGCUCUCAGAUGAUCCUUCAGCUCCAUGAUGUCUAUGAUCCAAAUAAGAUAAAUGUCAGGAUUAAAAUUAUUUCUGGAUCGCCUUGUGGAUCAGUGGCCGCAGAAGCCAAGAAAGGACAAGCUAGUUGGGUUGUUUUAGACAAACAUCUCAAACAUGAGGAAAAGAGAUGCAUGGAAGAGUUGCAGUGUAACAUUGUUGUUAUGAAGCGUACUCAACCGAAAGUGCUUCGUUUGAACUUGAUUGGAGCACAAAAGAAGGAAGUUGAAGAAGCUGGUACAUCACCUUCUGAGCAAGGUGAUACACCUGAAAAGCAAUCUGAAAACAAGUUGGAUUCUUUAGUAGAUUCUAUUAAAGGACCGAAUGUUACUCCAACUAGCAGCCCUGAGCUAGGGACGCCAUUCACCACUACUACUGAAGCCGGUACUUCAUCAGCUUCAAGCUCUGAUCCCGGAACAUCACCAUUCUGUAUCCCAGAGAUGAAUGGUGAGAAAAAGAAAGAAGAAACCAUUAAGGAAAGUCAUGAACUUUGUGAUACAUCAGACACAGAAAGUGAAAGUCUGUCGACAUCUUCAGCUAGCUUUAGAUACCAACCGUGGAUCACAGAAUUGCUUUUACAUCAACAAUCAUCUCAACGCAACGGAGAAAGAUCAGAUGCGUAUCAUGGUAUGCCUCAAGCAACUACAACCAAAGCUUUGUUAGAAAAGUAUUCUAGGCUUGAUAGAGGAGCUGGAAUGGAAAUGUCGGCAGCAUAUAGAAAUGACUCGGAUUUUAGUGGUAAUUUAAGAGAAGCAAUAGCAUUACCAGGAAAUGCUCCACUUGGUCCACCUCCUUUGUGUUCAAUAUGUCAACACAAGGCACCUGUUUUUGGAAAACCUCCAAGGUGGUUCAGCUAUGCUGAGUUGGAACUUGCUACCGGUGGAUUUUCACAAGCCAACUUCUUAGCAGAAGGAGGGUAUGGAUCGGUUCAUCGAGGGGUUCUACCAGAAGGACAAGUCAUUGCUGUCAAGCAACAUAAAUUGGCUAGUUCUCAAGGUGAUGUCGAAUUUUGCUCUGAGGUAGAAGUUCUAAGCUGUGCUCAACACCGAAAUGUUGUUAUGCUGAUUGGAUUCUGUAUAGAGGAUAAGAGAAGGCUUCUGGUUUAUGAGUACAUAUGCAAUGGAUCAUUGGAUUCACAUUUAUAUGGGCGACAAAGGGAUCCAUUAGAAUGGUCUGCGAGGCAGAAAAUUGCUGUUGGAGCUGCCCGCGGGUUAAGGUAUCUUCACGAAGAGUGCAGAGUUGGUUGUAUCAUCCACCGUGACAUGAGGCCGAACAACAUUCUCAUAACUCAUGAUUUUGAACCUCUGGUUGGUGAUUUUGGAUUGGCAAGGUGGCAACCUGAUGGAGACAUGGGUGUAGAUACUAGAGUAAUUGGAACAUUUGGGUAUUUGGCUCCUGAAUAUGCUCAAAGCGGUCAAAUCACCGAAAAAGCUGAUGUUUAUUCCUUUGGGGUGGUAUUGGUGGAGCUUGUUACCGGUAGAAAAGCUGUCGAUCUCACUCGGCCAAAGGGACAACAGUGCCUUACUGAGUGGGCGCGGCCACUGUUAGAAGAAUAUGCCAUUGACGAACUGAUUGACCCGAGGCUUGGACGUCUCUAUUUAGAGCAUGAGGUCUAUUGCAUGUUGCAUGCCGCUUCAUUGUGCAUAAGGAGAGAUCCUCAUUCUAGACCCCGCAUGUCACAGGUUCUCCGAAUUCUAGAGGGAGACAUGGUGAUGGACACAAAUUACAUUUCUACUCCAGGCUAUGAUGUUGGAAACAGGAGCGGUCGCAUUUGGUCAGAGCCACUGCAGAGACAGCAUCAUUACAGUGGUCCCCUAGUAGAAGAUUCAUUGGAGUCAUCAUUCAGUGGAAAGCUAUCUAUUGACAAGUACAAACCUUCCUAUUGGGAUAGGAGUAGGGACAAGCCCAUAAGGGCCUCAUCAGAAGAUGAUAUUUGAAGCAAAGUGGUCGACCAUGAAAAUUGAAUUAUAUUUAUGCUAAAUAUGUUUGUCGUUAGUUAUUACCCUCCUAUUUUUGUUCUGUUUUUUUUGUAUUAGGAAGUGUCGGUACUACAUAGAUAUCUGUGUAUAGCAGAGUGAGAGUGAAAGUGAAAGUUGUAUAAGUAAAAUAUAGAAGCUUUUGAAUUUGUUUAGCGAAAUUAUGUAAAACUAGUGCUUCAAUGAACUUCAUUGAUUACACACAUUUGAGAUAUUUGUAUGGUCUCUACAAAUGGAUGAAAUUGAAAUAGCUUUUUCUGUAA